AUGGUUGAAACCAGCACUUCUCAGGGAGCUCCUGUGCCAGCCCCUCGAUCUGAUCCCAAACCUAUUCUCUCUCCACUUAAUUGCAAAUUUGAACCUGAAACGCCAACUGAAAUUGCGUCUAUCGCCGAUAGAGUCGCUCAAGAUGUUAUAAAAGAGGCCACUGAGUCUGUCGACUCGACACCACAGACAACUCCUAAAGUGCAAAAAGAAGAAGAACCGAUUCCGGAAAUUGUAGUCACUGAAAGCGGUCCUCAAAUAACUUCAGACGAUGAAGAUAUUGCAGAAGUUGAAGUGAAAGGUGACGUAAAAGAGGACAAAGUCGAGGAGCCUAAACCGGAACCAGUUGUAGCUGACAAUACAAAGAUUAUUGAAGAGCCAAAAGUCAGUUUAGGUGAUCCAUUCGCUGAAGAAAAUGAAGGAGAGCAGGAUUUGACUAAAUUGUCAUCGCAACCAGAUGAUUCUGUUGAUGGACCUUCUUCUUCUCCUUCGCCCUCGCCAUCGCCAUCCCCUAAACCGCGAAUCCUUGCUGCCGAACGCAAGAAAAUAGGAACAGCUGAGGUUGUAAAGUCUGAGCCACCUAAAGCAAAGCCUGGACCGGCGGCAAAACCUGAAACAAAGCAAAAAAUUUAUCCAACAGAUUUGAAUCCUUUCGGUGAAGAGGAAGAAGAAGGCGAUCCUCAGUUUUUGGAUGACAUCAAAUCACUUUCAAGCAAAUCGGUGACUUCUACAAAAACUUCGAGCAGUGCAGCAUCGAAUCAGACUCCUCAAAAGCUGUAUCCAACUGAAAUGAAUCCCUUCGGUGAGGAGGAUGAGCCGGAGACUUCAAAUGCUGCUGACAGCACUUCUGAGUCGUUGAAUCCGUUUGGUGAUUUUGAAGAUGAGGAGGAAGUGGUUGUGGCUAAACCCGUUGCCCUACCAACACCAUCACCUCGAAAGACUCUGACCACCACAACGACGCCACCACCACCGCCUCAGAGGAGCCCUCGAGGCGUGCGAAGUACGCCACAAAAGAAACGACUAGCUCCUGCUCCACCGACUGCUCCAAAUGGAGCUUCCCCUGCGGCCAAACCUCCGCCUUGUCCACCGAGUCCAUCGCUUGCCAAAUCUGCGCCCCCAUCAGAGCCUGCCUGUGAUACUUCUUCUGCCUCCAGCUCGCGAACACCGACGCCCGUUCCACGUCGAUCGAAAGCCCCUGUUCAGGCGGAGUCGGAGUCGCCAAACUCGCUCGAAUCUUCCACCACACCAAAUGCUCCGCCACGAACGCCCCAGUUGAAGGUGAAGAAACGGCCAGCUCCGCCAAUUCCCGCCUUCAAGCGGUCAAUCAAGUCCUCGGUUGCAGAGAUGGACGCUGAGCUGGAGCGAAUCGGUGAUGAGCUGCCUGUGGUGGAGACAAGUCGGCUUCAACUGGAGCACUGGCUUCUCGAGGAGCAGUCCCGCCAGAGGGAGAGCAAUCCGGACGAAGAGCCCACUGGUCAGGAGUACGAGGACAAGCUGCAGGAGUUUAUUCAGUUUUCAAUCAAACGAUGCAAACUGGCGCAAAAGCAGAAGGAGUUUGCCUAUCUAAAGCGUGAGCACAAACUUGAAGAGGCGCAAGUUGAGGUGGAGUUUAAUCUGCGACAGAUAAUGUCAAAGCAAGACACUCUUAAAACUGAAGAAGACAAAACCACUGAAAAGGAGCUACUUGAUAAGUUGGUAGAAAUCAUUGACGAGCGAAAUGAGAUUAUCGAAGCAAUGGUCAGAGCGGAGAAUUUAGAAAUCGAAGAAUAUAUCCGAAUGAUUGCAAAGGUGAUACCUGAACAGGCAAAGGAAAUGAGGCCUAAGCCGCUGCAUGUACCCUCGACGCCGGUGAUUCAAACUCCUCCUGAGGUUCAGGCUAAAGUUCACAAGCAUAGAUCAGCCAGAAAACUUUUGAAGAACACCACUGCCUCUACGCUGUCCCUGUUGAAGCUGAAAAAAAAGAAGAAAAAGAAGGACAAGAACAAGGACAGUUCAGUGGACACUACGGAUGGUCCCGUUAGCCCGUCGGUAGCAGUAGCACCAGCAACCACUGCAGCAACUGCCAACGAGUCUUCAGACACUGAGCCAGAAAAUGAAGGUGUCAACUCGCAGGCCAACUCUACCGGCGCCGAUGACUCACUUCAAGAGAGCAUGGCCAGCAUCGAUCAGAUCGAAACGGCAGAGACGGCAGGCGGCUCCUCUCUGGCGGCUGCUACGCCGCCGGUCACUAAAGAUCGCAGUGAAUCUCGGGCUUCAUUGUCAGCUGAAAGUCCAAAGGAUGUCGACCCGAGGAAGAAGAAGAGUGCCUUCUCCUCCCUGAGCAAGUCCACUUUUAAAAAGUUUUCUCCAAAGAUCAAAGCUUCAGAGAUCAAAUCCAAAUUGCAAAGCAACAACAAAGCGGCGCCCCCUUCUCCGGAUGUACCCCAAAAACCGGCUCAGUGUGAGUCCAGUGACCCCAGUGAGACGACCGUGCCGCUUGAAGCCAAUGAAUCGACAAAUGUUGAGCAGUCCAAUGACGAUAAACCGCCUGUGGUUUCUAAUGGCUCUACGCCCAAAGCUGCAGAACCUGCAGAAUCGAUACAUGCCACUCAAUAA